UUAUUAAUAUGCAUACAAUUCUUGUGUCCACACAGUUUGUUGAGGACUACGAGCCAACUAAAGCCGAUUCGUACCGAAAAAAGGUGAUUCUGGACGCGGAAGAGGUGCAGAUCGAUAUACUGGACACCGCGGGUCAGGAGGACUACGCGGCCAUUCGGGACAACUAUUUCCGAUCGGGUGAAGGAUUUCUAUGCGUUUACAGUAUUACAGAACACGAGAGCUUUACCGCAGUCACUGAAUUCAGGGAGCAAAUACUGCGAGUGAAGGGCAGCGACGAAAACAUACCGUUCGUAUUGGUUGGCAAUAAAGCGGAUCUGAAUGAACGCCGACGGGUCAGCCUCGAGGAGGCGCACCGUAUGGCCGACUUAUGGCGAGUGCCGUACAUCGAGACCAGCGCCAAGACCCGGCUCAAUGUGGACCAGGUUUUCUUUGAUUUGAUGCGCGAAAUACGGAAACGAAAGCUGACGGACGCCGAGACUAGUAAUGGCCCGAAAAAAGCCGGCCGUAAGAAAAAGCGGUGCAUUAUUUUGUAAUACAGAUGUCGGGGCCGUCUGUUAUGUCGCUCAUAUACCCAUCGGAUCUAUCUAUUGAUCAUUGAAUUUCAUUUGUUUCGCCACUCAUUAUGAUAUCAUUUAUUGAUUUAUCUGACAAUUAAUUGUAUUGAAAAGUAAAUUUUUGUGAUUUAUAGCGAGAGUAGUCUGU